GUUAUAUAUAUAUGGUAACCCUCGCAAAAUGUUUACAGCUGAUUUUUAUCUAUUUCACUUUGUCGAUUUGUUCUUACCAAAAUCGGCUUGCUUAGAGGAUGCAUAAUUAGUAAACAACACAAAAUUUUGUUAAAAGAGUUUGAUGAAAUGUUUAGGAUUCGAAGACGUAUCGCGAUAAUAGUUUGUGCUACUUGUAUCUUAUUAUUUUUAAGUUUUUACUUUUUUAUUAAUUAUGCAGCGCCGACGGAAGAAAAACAGUCGAAUUUUGGCGCAAUUGAAUUAAAAUUGCAGGAAUUGGAAACGGGUCUAAAGCGUCAUGGACAAGAAAUGCGUCAUCUUAAAAACAAGAUUGAACGUAAUCUCCAAGACAACAUGAUUGUAAAAGACGAAAACUUCCAGAAAUAUAUUGAUGUGGCUGCAAAAACAGGGAGAACUUCACCUCCAGAAUGCGCGUUUGAUACACAAUUAGCGCCGCAGCCAGAUGUGCAGAUGUUAGAUCUUUACGAAAAGAUGACGUUUACCGAUAUUGAUGGAGGUGUUUGGAAGCAGGGCUGGAAUAUUAAAUAUGAUCCAUUACAAUUUAAUGAACAUCAUAAGUUAAAAGUUUUUGUAGUGCCACAUUCUCAUAACGAUCCUGGCUGGAUAAAAACAUUUGAAGAUUAUUAUGAACACGAUACCAAGCAUAUUCUCUCCAACGCACUACGCCAUUUACGCCAAAAUCCGGAUAUGAAAUUUAUUUGGGCGGAAAUUUCAUAUUUUUCACGUUUUUUUGAGGAUUUGGGACACAAAAAUCGAGAAGAAUUUAAAAAAUUGGUACAAGGUGCACAGUUUGAAUUUGUUACUGGUGGUUGGGUUAUGCCAGAUGAAGCCAAUUCCCAUUGGAUUAGUAUUUUGUUGCAGUUAACAGAAGGACAAACUUGGUUAAAAAAUACAUUCAAUAUAACUCCUUCAUCUUCUUGGUCCAUUGAUCCAUUUGGCCAUAGUCCCACUUUGCCUUAUGUAUUAAAAAAAUCUGGUUUCAAAAAUUUAUUAAUACAACGUACUCAUUACUCAGUAAAAAAAGAAUUAGCUUCAAAUAAAAAUCUUGAAUUUAACUGGAGACAGCUAUGGGAUGACACAGGUGAUACGGAAUUGUUCACUCAUAUGAUGCCAUUUUAUUCUUAUGAUAUACCACAUACUUGCGGACCUGAUCCUAAAAUUUGUUGCCAAUUUGAUUUUAAGCGCAUCCAGGGAUUCGGUCUUUCAUGUCCUUGGCGUGUACCACCUCAGCCGAUUUCUGAACAAAAUGUAGCACAAAGAGCUGAAAUGAUCGUUGAUCAAUGGAAAAAGAAAGCCGAACUAUAUCGCACAAAUGUUGUACUAAUUCCACUGGGUGAUGAUUUUCGUUAUAGUCAGAGUACAGAAUGGGAAGUGCAACGUAUUAAUUAUGAAUCACUUUUUGAGUAUAUAAACGCUGAGCGAAAUCUUUUUGUGGAAGCAAAAUUUGGCACGUUGCAAGAAUAUUUUGAUAUGGUGCAGCAGGAAAAACGUGAUUUUCCUACAUUAAGUGGUGAUUUCUUUACAUAUGCUGACAGAGCUGAUAACUACUGGAGUGGGUAUUAUACCUCUAGACCAUAUCAUAAACGCAUGGAUCGUGUAUUAUUGCACUAUGUUCGAUCAGCAGAAAUGUUAACUGCAUGGAGUGCAUGGGAUGAUGAAAGUAAUUUUAAAGAAAAGUUGCUUGAUGCGCGAAGAGAAUUAUCUUUGUUUCAGCAUCAUGAUGGAAUAACUGGAACCGCAAAAAAUCACGUAGUAGCCGAUUAUGCGCUACGAUUAAUGAAUGGCAUAAAAGCAUGCCGAUUUGUAAUGCAGCAAGCCGUUUAUAAGUUAUUGACUAAACCAGCUAUUUAUAAUGUUGAUUACAAAUUCACUUACUUUCACAUGGACGAUUCCCGCUGGCCCGGCCCAGAUGACAGUCGAACAACAAUUAUACUUGGUGACGAAUUGCCUAGUAAACAUGUUGUGUUUCAUAAUUCUCUUCCGCAAUGGAAGGAGGAACUUGUUGAUUUUUACGUUUCUAGCCCAUUUAUGACUGUUAUGGAUUUUGACAAUAACCCUGUGCAUGCUCAAGUUAGCCCCGUAUGGACUUGGCACCGACAUAUACAAACAAACAUAAUAACUCCUCAGGCAUCAACCACAAAAUACCGUUUAAUUUUUAAAGUGAAAGUACCACCUCUUGGUCUGGCAACGUAUAUAAUAAAUAUUAAGUCUCCAGACGCAAAAUUAACUUAUACUACCUUAGCUACGAAUCUCAUAUUGAAUACUAAUCCAAUAUCUGUGAAUCUCGGAGACUAUCAGCAUGAAGUCAAAUUUGGUGAACAUCGCGAAAUCUCACUGCGAGUAGGUGAUGGACCUAAAGUUACUUUUAGUGCUGAUGGUCUAAUGAAAUCUAUACAAAUUGAUGAACUCGUAUCGAAUACUCCAAUACACUUAAAAUUCUACAAAUAUGGCACUCGAAUUAAUGGUGAUCGCUCUGGUGCUUAUCUCUUUAUACCAAAUGGUCCAGCUACACCUUUUCUUAAUGUACAGCCACCAGUUGUAUUAAUUACGGAAGGUCCACUAGAAGCCAGUGUUACUACAGGCCUUCCAUUUGUGAUUCAUCAGACUGUGUUACGAGGUGAAGCACCAGAAAUACGUAAUCUCGUGGAUAUUGGUGAUAUGGAUGAUAUUGAAAUUGCUAUGCGGUUUUCCACACGCAUCAAAAAUGCGGAUGUUUUCUACACCGAUUUAAAUGGUUUGCAAAUGAUUAAACGUAAACGAUUCUCUAAAUUACCACUACAAGCAAAUUACUACCCAAUGCCGACUGCCAUGUACAUUGAGGAUGAUGAAACACGUUUAACUGUAGUUAGCGCACAACCUUUAGGCGGAACUUCCUUAGCAGAAGGAGAAUUAGAAAUAAUGCAAGAUCGUCGUUUAGCACGUGACGAUGAACGUGGUCUUGGUCAAGGAGUUUUAGAUAAUCAGCCUGUACUACAUAUUUUCCGUAUAAUUUUAGAACAAAUUAAAGGUUGUAAAAGAUUAGUAGAAACACAUCCCUCCGGUGCUUUAACUACAGCUGCAUACUAUGCUUCAAAAAUAAUUUUAAAUCCCAUUAACAAAUUUAUAUAUACUGAAAACGAUUGGUUAGGUGUACAGAGAGAUUUUGGAGCCGAUCAUAUAGCUGCUGAAGAUGAUGUUGAGGUGGUGACCAUGCGUACUUUAUCAGCAAAUACUAGUGUACCCAUACCGAGAGAUAGAAAGGGAAAAGUAUUGCUUCAUACAGGAAUUGUAGUUCAUCGUACUAAUCUCUUAGCAUGCCCAGGAGAUGGACAUCGAUCGGGAGUGCUGAAUCUGCGGAAUCUCUUACAAUUUGGUCAGAAUAUAACAUCAAUCGAUAUCACAACACUAACAUUCCUACAUCAUCUGCAAAAUCUAGAAGCAAAUGAGUUGCCUUUGUGUCCAAUGGACGCAAAAGCUUUUAUUGUACACCAUCGCAGUUGACUUGACUGAGUAAAAUAAUAAUAAUUGUUACAGUAAUCUCCCGAAUUGAUAUUUAGAAUUUAUUAAUUUUAAGUUACUUUUCGAAUUGUUUUGUUUUAAAAGCACUUUAUGCCGUUCCUUCGUACUUGUAACUACAAUUGCAUACAUUUUUUGUGUGAUUUGUUUGAAUGAUCUUUUUA